AUGGACAUGCCUAAGAAGCCUCCAAAGGCAAAACCGGCCUCGAACCCGCGCAAGAGAAAGGCGCCGACGGAGGAAGAACCGAGGGCUACGAGACGGUCGGGACGUAUCGCCGGCGUCAAGGCUGAUCCGGUGAAGCUGGAGGAGUUUAGGCAGGAGGAAGAGCGUGUGCGCGAGGAGCAGCGUGUGAAGGACCGCCGGCUCCGGGAACAGGUCAUGACCGUCGGAGAGCAGAUGGAGGAGGACUCGGCGCCUGUUGAGCAGCUCGUCGAGCUCCUCAAGAACAUGCCGGUGUGCGAGCGCCCCGAUGCCAAAAGCGUCAAGGACUCCUACCCCGAGAAGGAAGGGGACAAGGAGCUCGAAAGACUCAAGGAGCAGUUCAAGGGCAUGCACCUCGCUGCGAACAAGAAGGUCACGACGGAGCGCGUGUACACGAUGCUCGUGCAUCCUGACCCGACAAAGAACCUGGUGCUUGUCGGCGACAAGUACGGCCAGCUCGGCAUCUGGGACGCGCCGACGGGCGAGGCUGCCGAUGCCAAGGAGGAGACCAAGCCCGACGUCAAGAAGGAGGAAGGUGAGGAGGCUCAGGAAGAGGACGAGGACGGCCGCGUUUGGCGUAUGCAAGCGCACGCGAAAAACAGCAUCAGUUGCAUGAAGGUGGAUCCCGUCAACGGGCAAAGUCUAGUUACCUCGUCUUACGACUGCACAUUACGGCGGCUCGACUUCAGCACUGGCGUGUCGACGGAGGUCUUCGCGUUCGAGGACGAGGACAACCUCAUCAACCACUUCGACCUGGUCCCUACGGGUCAAGAGGCGUGGCUUGUUGACAAGAACGGCGGCAUCUCGCACGCGGACUUCAGGGAGAAGGGCGAGCGAAGACGAUGGGAGGUGCAGGAGGCGGGACGCGGAGCAAAGCUCGGCGGGUGCAGCGUGAAUCGUGAGUCUUGUGGACCCCACUCCACGACGUCUCUCAGCUAUCAGACUAGACCAGAAGCUAACAGGCCAGCGCUCAUGCCCCACCUCUUAGUGACAGCGGGCAACGAUCAGCACGUCCGAAUCUGGGACACGCGGCAUCUGAAGAAACUGAGCCCGAAGUCGGUCGAGACGAUACUUCCUCCGAAGCAGGAAGAGGGCAAGGAGUACAUCGACACGCAUUGCGAGAGCUCGAUCCCUUACGAGCGCAUGCAAGGGUACAUGGAGAGCAAGUCGGGCAAGGGACUUCUCCGCGCCUCGUACCAGCACGGCAAGUCGUGUUCAGCGGCAUACUGGGACCCGUUUGGGCGACGCAUCCUGACGACAAGCUACGACGACAAGCUGCGAGUCUUCAAUGUGAAUCCGCAACAGCUCAUGUUCGACACGCCCCUGCCAGCGUCGCAGUUCAAACCAACAAAGGCGAUUGCGCACAACUGUCAAACGGGGCGGUGGCUGACGAUCCUGCGCGCGCAGUGGAGCCAGAACACGGAGUUCACGCCCCACUUCUCGGUCGGAAACAUGAAGCGCCGUCUCGACGUUUUCUCCUCGGGUGGAGAGCACAUCGUCAGUCUUUGGAACGAGGCCGUCACUGCCGUCCCGGCUGUUACGGCCGCUCAUCCAGCACACGUCAAUCGACUCGUGGGCGGCAACACGUCUGGAAGGAUUCAGUUGUGGACGAGCGGAGCGGAGUAG